GAAUUCCGACAUCGAACUAAAUUGUGUAUCUGCCAUCCUGUCCACACCCAUCCCACCGUAUUCCCGCCAUGUUGCCCCAUGGCCGGUUUUUAAUUGCAUCUCUCCGCAGCGCUAAUCCCCUCCGCCAUGACCAUACACGCAUUCUUGGCACAGUGGCUUGUCGUCACGCCCUUUCCACUGCGCAGGCCCCUCGGUGCCUAGCAGGGGCAGCAGCGUCUGAAAAUUCGGCUCCUCCGCCGCGUCUGGUUCCGCCUUUCACGGAGGAAACGGCGCGCGCUAAAGUCAAGUUCGCCGAGGCAGCGUGGAACAGCCGCGACCCCGAGCGCGUGGCGCUGGCAUACACGCCAGACUCGCAGUGGCGCAACCGCUGCGAGUUUUUCAGCGGACGCGAGGAGAUUAAAGCGUUCCUUAGACGGAAGUGGAGCAAAGAGCAGGACUACCGUCUCAUGAAAGAACUAUGGUGCUUUACGGGGAACCGUAUUGCAGUGCGGUUUGAGUACGAGUGGCACGACAGUGUUGGGCAGUGGUGGCGCACGCAUGGAAACGAGUUGUGGGAGUUUACUGAUGAGGGCUUGAUGCGACGCAGAGACAUGUCAGCCAAUGACUAUCCAAUCGAGGAGAAAGACAGGCGUUACCGUUUUGAGAGAGCAUGAGUCAGGUCGUGCCAAGUAAUGUGUGCUGAUGGCUCUUAGGAGGUCAUGUUGCAUGAUGUUCGAUUGCAUACUGGAUAUGCCAGACACUCAAUACCGUAUGUCCAAGAACUGGAGAACAGUAUCUGUACUCUCAAAACCAUCACAUUCCCCCC